UCCCUAGAUACGCUAACCUCUGGCGCAUCUGUUUCGGCGGUUGUUGCCACCAAUUCGACUCCCCCUACCUCCGACCACCCGAAACUAAAAUCACCCCAGCCCACUGUAGCAGGGAAGUUAUCCGAUUCGGAAGUGACUACGAACCACCAACCCAAAGGCGGUCCCCUCCCCUCUGUCCCCUCUCGUGUGUUACCCGAGGCACCGGCGGCGCAACAACAGACCCAAACUCAAAAGCCGAAACCCGCCAUAAUUUUCAACUCUCGCGUCCUCGCGUGCAAUAAGCCCCUCCUUAAUGGCACGUCCACUACACCAGCGGCGGCUAAUGGGGUCAGGCCCGACGAGAUUCCGAAGGCUGUACGCAUCGCCGUCGUUCCCAAGGCCGUACCUUCCUCCCUACACAGAAGCAGUUCCAUUCCAGCCGUUCAGACUGUCUGGAGUAGUAGUCAGCGAUUCAGUCACUGCAACUACUACCAAUGGCGCAUCAUCACCCUUACCAACCCGGCCCAAUCCUCUUUCAUCCCCAAAGGUGAGUCGAAAAACGCGGACCUCGGUCAUACGUUAUUGGUCUACGGGGAGCGCAAUCUUGUGUCUUCCUCCUCGGUGUUGGUAUUAUCAUUUCGCUACCACAACAUUAGUCCACUUCUACUUUCAUAA